GGAAGCUCCUAACUGGUGGUGGCGAUGUCUAGCCGGUCCAAGCGGCAGUCCCAUGGUUCCACCCGCGGAAAGCGUGAGUCCGAGUCUCGUGGCAGCUCGGGUCGCAUCAAGAAGGAGCGAGACCGCGAGAAGGAGCCCGAGGCGGCGAGCUCCCGGGGUAGCCCGGUCCGUGUGAAGCGGGAGGCCGAGCCGGCUGCGCGAGAGGUCCCGGCGGCCGCGCUCCCGGUCGUGCGGGUGAAGCGUGAGCGCGAGGCCGAUGAAGACUCGGAGCCGGAGCGGGAGGUGCGAGCAAAGAAUGGCCGAGUGGAUUCUGAAGACCGGAGGAGUCGUCACUGUCCGUACUUGGAUACCAUUAAUAGCUUAUCACCUUUUCCCGUCCCCACAGGCCGGGGCUUAAAGUCUCAUGCCUACAUCCACAGUGUCCAGUUCAGCCACCAUGUCUUCCUCAACCUCCACACUCUCAAGUUUUACUGCCUUCCUGACAACUAUGAGAUCAUCGAUUCCUCGCUGGAGGAUAUCACGUAUGUGUUGAAGCCUACUUUCACAAAGCAGCAAAUUGCAAACUUGGAUAAGCAAGCCAAAUUGUCCCGGGCAUAUGAUGGUACCACUUACCUGCCAGGGAUCGUGGGACUGAACAACAUAAAAGCCAACGACUAUGCAAAUGCUGUGCUGCAGGCUCUGUCAAACGUUCCUCCUCUUCGGAACUACUUCCUGGAGGAAGACAAUUACAAGAACAUCAAGCGUCCUCCGGGGGAUAUCAUGUUCUUAUUGGUCCAGCGUUUCGGAGAGCUGAUGAGAAAGCUCUGGAACCCCCGAAACUUCAAGGCACAUGUUUCUCCUCACGAGAUGCUUCAGGCUGUUGUACUUUGCAGCAAGAAGACUUUCCAAAUUACCAAACAAGGGGAUGGAGUUGACUUCCUGUCUUGGUUUCUGAAUGCUCUGCACUCUGCUCUGGGAGGUACCAAGAAGAAGAAAAAGACUAUUGUGAAUGAUGUUUUCCAGGGAUCAAUGAGAAUUUUCACCAAAAAGCUUCCUCAUCCUGAUCUGCCAGCGGAAGAGAAAGAGCAGUUGCUCCACAAUGACGAGUACCAAGAGACGAUGGUGGAGUCCACGUUCAUGUACCUGACGCUGGACCUUCCCACUGCCCCGCUCUAUAAGGAUGAGAAGGAGCAGCUCAUCAUCCCCCAGGUUCCACUCUUCAACAUCCUGGCAAAGUUCAACGGCAUCAUGGAGAAGGAAUACAAGACUUAUAAGGAGAACUUCUUGAAACGCUUCCAGCUCACCAAGCUGCCUCCGUAUCUAAUCUUUUGCAUCAAGAGAUUUACUAAGAACAACUUCUUUGUGGAGAAGAAUCCAACAAUUGUCAACUUCCCUAUCACAAAUGUGGAUCUGAGAGAAUACUUAUCUGAAGAAGUCCAAGCCGUCCACAAAAACACCACCUAUGAUCUCAUUGCCAACAUCGUGCAUGAUGGCAAGCCCUCUGAGGGCUCCUACAGGAUCCACGUGCUUCAUCAUGGGACUGGCAAGUGGUAUGAAUUACAAGACCUCCAGGUGACGGACAUUCUGCCCCAGAUGAUCACAUUGUCUGAAGCGUACAUUCAGAUUUGGAAGAGGCGGGACAAUGAUGAAACCAACCAGCAGGGGGCUUGAGUGCCUUGCUGGACUUUUACUCUCAAGGGCUAUGGCUGAAGAUGGUAAAUAAAAAUACUGAAGCUGUAGCUGAACACGGACUGACUGAAAGAAAGAUUCCUGCCCCACUCCAGUUUUUAAUGGAUUCUGGCUUCAUCACCACGAAGGAGCCUGUCUGCCCUGAUGUCCUGUGCUGUCUGUCUCUGGGAGCACAUUGUGGUUGACACUUCUUCCCUUUCAGCAUCAGUGGGCAGAACUCUUACAGAUGGAUGCCUUAUUUGAAUUGCUGCAAGUAUCAAAGAACAGAUAGUUUGGUAGAAACAUCAGGUCUGGAGACCCUAGGAAUAAACAUGAAGUCAGCAGCACCCUUCUGUCAUAGUUAGUGGCUUUCCUAGAGUUCCCUUCAUCUCCUCGUGGGACGUGUGGGAUGGAUUAAAUAUCCUCCUGUUUUUAAAUCAGGCUCUUGUUUCAUAUACACCAUUGAGGCUUGUUAAGGGUUUGUUUUCCUCUUAACUUUAUAUACUCCUGUCUGUAGUCUGUCAGCUUGUGGGUGGGUACCAUCCUUGUCUCUUCCUGUCAGCUUGUGGGUGGUAUGUCAUUUGGGGCGUAUUUGUCUCUAAGUCACAUAAUAUCUGGCUAAAAAUGAUAGGUUAUUGUGUCUACCCAGAAGGCUGACAGUGGGUGCUUUGUGCCGCCCCCGCCCCUCCCUUCCCCCCGGAGGCAGAGAAGUGGAAGCAUUGCAGCUUGAGCAGGUCUCGGCCAGGCUGAUGGGAAGCCCAAGGCAGGGGCUGACUGGCAGAGGAAUUGGGCAGAAAUGGCUUCUGUCAAGCUCAGUCACUGAGCAGUAACCUGGAAGGUUGGAGGUCUUGGGCCUGAUAUGUGGGCAAGCUGGCACACCAGUGGGCAGCAGGCAGUUCAUUACAGCAGCUCUCUUGGAAUUGGUUUGUUUCUUCUU